GUGCUGGGUCUACUUUCUCUUUUGCUCCACUUCCUUAUUUGAUCCACUUAUAGUUCUGCUGCCUAAAUGCUUCAUGUCUGCCUAAACCUUACACUCUUUAUAUAAACACCUUAGAUAGCUACCUUUUACAAUGCAAUCAAUUCUCCAUGACCUUCAGUACCCAAUACCCUUUCAACCCAAUAAAAGCUUACAUGCAAAUGAAUUUGUGAGCAAACUUGAAAAUGAGCAACUCAGUCCAGUGGAUCAGAUAUCUAGCUAUCAAUUCCCGGCUACGAUGAACAACGAACCUGUCGAAAUCCGAUCAACUGAUUCACCCAGAGUACCACUUACUCCAAGGCUUUUGAUUUCUGAAUCCGACGAUUUCUCUUCUAGUGCUGGUAAGAUACCUUUUAUCAUAUUAUUUGACUAAUUUGGUUUCAAGCGAACAAUGAUAGAGGCAUCUUUUGUUCUAGCUUCAUCAAAAGAAAUCCAAAAGUCUCGAGUAACCUAUGAGGCAUCUUUUGAGGCUAGAAAUGAGCUAUCGAAUGCCGCUUGUCGUUUAUCUUUCCGGUAUGACUGAAACUAAUAACCGACUUUCUGCAGAACAAGAACACGAUAGCAUUUUUCGACGGCGUACGGAUAGUCCACGAAGGUCAAGGUUAGAUGGCCGUCAGGUUUCGGAAGCGCCGCUUUCGGUAUCUGAUGUUAUCGAGUGGAAAGGACGAAGGAAAACUAGACAUGGCAAAAAUGGUCACAUUUUUGAUUCGUAGUCGCUUAACCAAUUGGGUGAACGAGAUCACGUAAGUGAAAUCAUCAAAAUAUCAAUAUUUUGACCGUCAUACUAAGAGAUUGUAAGAUCUUUAUUAUAGAUGAUUCCAACUCCAUGUCAUUUCACUGGAAUGAAGUACAAAAUACCCUUGAGGCCCUAACCUAUAUUUUAAAAGGUGUUGUCCCUGAUGGAAUCGACAUAUCCCUUGCUACUUCAAAGCAGCAACUCAACGGGAUACGGUCGACUACGAAACUUUUAAGAUUUCUCGAUCAACAGAAUGCGAAAUUUCUCUUGGAGAAAAGAAUGAUGGACAUCAAUUCCAGUAUUAGUCCCAUCUUGAGGAAGCAUACUAAUGCGAUGCGUGAAUGGACUAAAAGUGGAUCAACGAAGAGUCCUCGGUCCAUCACUCUGUAUAUCCUGACGGAUGGCAUUUGGAAGGGGGACGAAAGCAUAGAUAUAAAUUUGGACUUACUUGAAAGGGAUCUUAACCAUUUUAAAUACGGAGAUCCGAAUUCAGGGGUACAAUUUAUCACCUUUGGUGACGAUCCAGUGGGUUCGAGUCACUUAGACCGACUAGAUAACGAGCUUCGUGGGUAAGCAAAUUUUCAAUAAUGUAUGUUUUUUCUUCGCAUCAAUGUACUAACAAUCACACAGAUACAACAUUGAUGUCACACCAUGUCGAGGAAACAUCCGGAAGAUGCUAUUUGGGGUAGGUGGCAGUCAGGGUAGUGAGCAGAAAGAUCGUUCGAAGAACCGCCUCCCAGCAUUGAAGAAUGGUAUCCGACGAAUCUCGACCACAUUAUCUAUUAAGUCUGGAUCAGGGGAGGCAAAUGCUGAGAAGAACCUUGCGACCAAUCGUGCCGCUGCUUUGCAGCUUAAACCCAGGAAUCGAAGACUAGUUCAAGGGCUCUUCGAAUUGACGAACCCUCCCCAGCCAACUCUAGAGUAAAUCAACCCAUAUAUUUUUUAUUCCCUCCCAAUUCUGACAUUUCCGCUUCUAGUGCUCUAUUUGUUCAUGGACUUGAUGGCGACAGAGAGAAAGACUGGGUGGUUCGCAAUCGCAAUACUUCUACCCAGAUAAAUUGGCCCAAAGAUUUGAUGUACCAGCGAUUCCGUGACGUCCGAAUCUUGACUUACGGAAACGAUUCUGCUCCAUGGCACUCUUCAUAUCCAAUCAAGGAUGUCAUUACUUCACAGGCCCGUGUUCUACUUGAAAGCCUCGUUAAAGUCCGGGAGCAUACACCGGGCAGACCAUUGAUACUUGUAGCGCAGGGUACUGGCAGUCUCCUAACAAAGAGUGCUCUUCUUCAGUCACAUCUAUCUCUCGACGCAGACGCAACAAAAGAAAAGGCAAUCAAACUGUCGACUACUGGGCUGGUUCUAUUGGACCCCCCGGAUCUACAAAUUUCAGGCGAAUCGAUAGUUCCAGCGAUAUUAGAGUCCCAUGUGGUGGGAGAGUGGUAAAGAAGCCAGGAAAUCCACGCCCAAGGAUGCGGUUUGGUCGAAGCUCCAGAUGGAAUCAUUCCAAAGUAUCUCUGAAUCCUUCUCUAUAAGACACUUCCAUACCUGCAAAAUGUCUCAUGAAUCGUAUAAACCUUUCCUGGUAAGCUUCUGACUUAAUUUGCAUACUUGCUACUGACCAUGCAAAUAGCCUAGUACUAAUUUAACACGCCUACUGGAGGAGCCGAAAAACAUUGGCGACAACUUUGAAGCUACGAACAACUCGAGGUUUAGCAAAUCAUUUGAGGUGGAUAGGGUGAAUAAUUUCGGAAGCGAAGAGGACCAAGAUUACCAAGCGAUCAUACAAGUAUUCGAGGACCUGUAUCACAAAGCCAGUGACGAAAGCAAGUCUCAUUGGUCAACUUACGCAAUGGAUAAAGGUAAGCUUUCGAUUCUCAAAAUGGUCAUGGAUACUACUACUAAUUGUAUCAAAAAGCAUCCGUGGGGUCAAAUGAGGUGGGAUUUAAUAGCUCCGAAGUGGUGAAGAUACACCCACCUCGCAAUGAGCAUUUUACUGGCAGGUACUCAGCCUUAGAUGCAUUAUAUGCUGCACUUUUUGGCGCUCAAGUCAGCAAGCAAUCAAGAGGAACUGCAUCUACCGUGGAGAUCUAUGGCUCUGCAGGCAUGGGGAAAACUCAACUCGCACUAGAAUUUAUCCAUCGAUACAACCACAAAUUUUCGUCGGUUCUUUGGAUUGAUUCACAAAACCGCGCCUCUGUUGAAAGAGCGUUCUGUAGGAUUGAGCGUAGGCUAUCGCGAAGUCCAAACGACAAUGCCGAAGCAACACAAGCUUCCAGAAUGAAUGUUAGUUCCUCUUCGGAGUCAACUAGUAGCGCUGAAUCUGCGAGGAGCUCACAUCUAACAAGACACCCAAAACGGCAAGCUUUGACCUCUUGUUCUACGGACUUAGUAAAAGCAUGGUUAGCGAAGGAAAGUAAUUCGCUUUGGAUGAUGGUUUUCGACGGUGCAGAUGACGAACAAAAGUCAUGGAUCCAAGAAUUCUUCCCCAAUACCAAGAACGGCCAUAUACUCCUUACGACUCGCCAUCGUGGUCUCUUGAAAGGCAGUACUAAUAUACAUCUGGAUCGUAUGUCGGAGGAAGAUGCUGUAAAGCUUCUACUGGGUUAUUGCCCUGGUAGUAAGAGCUUUCUUAACAUACCAUUUAUAUCCUUCGCUGACACCGGAAUAGCUGACAGACUGACCACUUUGGAGCUCGUGAGGAAACUUGACUACGUUCCACUAUCCAUAGCACAAGCGGGCAACUACAUGAAAUCCACGGAUCUAAGUCCUACCGAAUAUCUCAAUCGAUUUGGAGGUGCUAUGCAUCGAGAUUGGGAUGACUAUGCAACACGCAUGAAAUUAGUGUUUUCAACUUCCGUCAACGAGGUUUUUGAGACUAGCUACCAAGAAGUCAAAGCUAAGGACCGUGAUGCUCUUGAUUUACUGAUUCUGUGCGCAUACCUAGCAGCUGAGAAUAUCCCAGAGCUUCUCCUGGAAGCCAUCUCAAAACUUUCAGGUAUGUCUCUGCAUCCUUGUUGUUCGCCAUUAAUGCGCUGACUCGGCUACAGGGCUUCGCUUAGACGAUAUAAUUGACACCUUGUUCAAUAAUGGCUUCGGGCAUAGGGAGGAGAAUUUGCAAAGCUUCCGUAUGCACACAUUGGUUCAAUCAUGGCUUCGAAGACGGCAUCCUCCCGAUAAACAACAGGUACUCGUAAGCAGAGUUCUGACCGGUCUCGCGACUUUUGUUGAAUCUUGGCGUAUGCGAGACGAAAAGAUGUUGCAAGGAGUCGAAACAUUGCUCUUUAAACAUAUUGUUGCGUGUCUCUACCGGGUGGAGAACAUCAAGAAAUGCGACGUCAGCUGGUGUGUUUUAGGGGACGUCUGCAAACAACAUAAACGGUAUAGUGAGGCUACUAAACUCCUCGAAAUGGGACUCUCGGAUCCGGAAAUCACUAAAAAGAAAGGCUGCUCGGAUCGGCAGCGUCUGGGAUUUGAGCUUGGCUCCCUCUAUCAAGUACAAGGAAGGAGUAACGACGCAGAGGAGAAGUAUGAAGAGAUUUUGAACGAGUGCGAACAAGCCCCCCGAUGAAAGUGGCAAACAUGUUCGAGGUCAGCUUCUCCUCGAAAUAUACAAAUCUCUAUCUUCUGUCUAUACUCGAAUUGGGCGAACACAGAAGUCGAUCACAAUCUUAAAUGAUGGAGUGGCGAAGUUUAAAGCGCUAUUCGGUCCCAACAGCUUUCAAACUCUACAGCUCCUUGAUCUUUGCGCAGCAGAAUACUACGAUCAAGAAGAUUACGCUCAAGCUGAACAACUCAGUCUUUGGAUUGUCGCAGCCCAAACCCAAACAUUGAAGAGGUUGUUACCGCUUAUGGAGAGCAUGGGGAUGAAGGAUGAAGCGAGGCAGUUGACGGUGCAGUGGAGUAAUGGAUUUGAUGGCGCGGUCUAGGGAAUAAUAGGAUGUGGUGCAAGGCGUUGGUGC